AUGAAAAUAUACAUUAAACAAUUAACAAGAUUAUUCAAGAUAUUACAAAAGAAAAGGGGUAUUGUGGUAGAACGUGAUGCUACUACAAAUAUUCUUCCAAAUGCAGAAGUAAAAAUAGUUUUAUCAGCUGAUAUUGAAGCACAU